UUCUUCAAGGUUAUGAUUCGGCUGAACCCUUUGCCUUCGACUCCCUGUUUCGUCCAACUCUUGGGAGCUGCGGUGAGGAGGAAGCAUUAUGCUGUUGCCAUCCACAUGAUAGAGCGAAUGGAUUCCAUGGGCAUAUCUCGCGCCAUUUCCGUUCUCAACAUUCUGAUCAAUUGCCUCUGCCGCUUGGAAAGGUCCGAUCUUGGAUUUUCCGUUUUGACCAAAAUGUUCAAGCUUGGGCUUGAACCGGAUGUGGUGACCUCCAACACUUUGCUCAACGGCCUCUGUGAAGAGGGUAAGAUCGCACGAGCCUUGACCUUGGUGGAGGAAAUGCGGGGCAAGGGAUUUAAGGCCGAUGUAUUUACAUACAGUGUCAUCGUGAAGGGAUUGUGCAGAACCGGUAAGACUUCUAAAGCCGUCCAGUUAAUGAGGAAUUUGGAAGAAAGGGGUUGCGAACUAAAUUUGGUCACGUACAACACGAUCAUCGAUGGCUAUUGCAAGGAAGGACUGGUGGAAGAGGCAUUUGGCUUAUUUAAUUGUAUGAGCCACUGCCUCAUUAAGCCGGAUAUCCUCACUUACAGUACCUUGAUUCGUGGCUUAGGCUGCAUAGGCAAAUGGAAACAAGCAAAGGCCUUGUUAGAGAAGAUGAUUCAUGAUGGAAUCCACCCAAAUGUUAUCACUUAUAAUUCCUUCAUCCACGGUCUAUGCCUUUGUGGCCAAUGGGAAGAGGUUCGAGUCCAGUUGAGUGAGAUGGUGCGGGGAGGAAUAAGGCCAGAUUAUCAAACCUUCACUAUUAUCUUGGAUGCACUCGGCAAACAGGGCAUGACUGAUGAGGCGAAGUGCAUAUUUGACCUGAUGAUCGAGAUGGGUGUUCAGCCAAAUGUAGUUACUUAUAACUCGUUGAUAAAUGGUUACUGUCUUCAAAAUCAAAUGGAUGAUGCCGCAAUUACAUUUUGUUUGAUGACUGCAAGGAAGUGCAAUCCUGAUGUAGUGACCUAUAGCACGUUGAUUAACGGGUAUUUUGCGGUUAAAAGAGUUGAUGAGGCAAUGAGUCUCCUUCAGCAAAUGUUGGAGAAAGGAUUAGUCCCUAAUGUUGCCACCUAUGGUUGUCUCAUGGAUGGCAUUUUCCUUGCUGGAAGCCCCAGGGUCGCACAUCAGCUGUUUUACAAAAUGCUGGCUUGCAAUCAUAUAAAUCAACAAAUUUAUGCCAUCAUGUUAGAUGGCCUUUGUAAGUAUCGACAAGUGGACAAGGCAAUGGCAUUGUUUCGACACAUGGAAGAUGGCAUGGACGAUGUUAAUAUAGUCCACUGCAACAUCCUUAUUAAGGGCUUGUGUGAGAUGGGGGAAUUUGGACCUGCAAUGAACCUCUUCAAUUCGUUGGAUGCCAAAGGGUUGCAACCCGAUGUCGUGACAUUUGGUGCCAUCAUAAAAGGACUAUGUAAAGCUGGCCAAAUACGUGAAGCAUGCAAACUACUUCAUAAUAUGAAAGAGAAGGGAUGUCCUCCAAGUGGUAUCAUUUUUAACAUUGUUGUCCCAGCACUCCUCAAAGAUGGUGAGAAUGCGAAGGCAAUGCUCUUUCUAGGGGAGAUGGUUGAGAAAGGCUUCUCACCAAAUGCUGCAUCAACGGCUAAAUUUUUGGGUGCACUGGCUAACAAUACAUUAGAAUCCUGAAAAUCCACACUGGGAGCAUAAGCUCUCUGUUUUGUUUUUGUUUUGGGUUUUUUUUGUGGUCAGAGACGUAAGCUCUCUUGAAUUGCAAUUGUGUGCAUAUAGUAAGUGGCCAAAUUUUAUUUCAAUGAGAGAAAAUUGGGCCUGCAUCAUCUAACACUAGUUAGUUCUGUAUAGUCUGAGAUUAAUUUGUUACGAGGAAGAAAACAUGGCGGUGCACGGAAAGUUAUCCGCAUUUGAUGACUUCUGCUUCUUCAGCCAUACCAAGGUAGUUUCUUGCAGGGACCUUUCUGUACAGUAACAAUUGACUGCUCUUGGUUCUUUUCUUCUUCAUCGGUAAGCACAUCAUACCAAAGCAGCUUCUUGAGAGUAACUUCUGGUAUGUCGUCAGAUGAAUUCUCUUCCUUUUUCCU